AUGGCCUCCACACGAACUUUGAUGCGUCUGGGCUCUGGCCGCUCCGUGACAUCUGCCACGAGGUCCAUGGCCGCCCGCACCUUUUCGUCGGCCUCCCUUCAAUGUGCCCCCAAAGCUGCGACACACCCAGGCCCGGAACCUGAGAACAUGCGCCAGGCGCAGCGCCCGCCCUCGGGACCCCUCCGCGCUCCCGUCAUCAACCCUACCGACAAGUACCAGCCCAUGGCUGACAGCCUCCACACCUACGGACAGUACAUUAUGUCCUGCCUGCCCAAAUAUAUCCAGCAGUUCACCGUCUGGAAGGACGAGCUCACCGUCUACACCGCUCCCGCCGGUAUCAUUCCCGUGAUGAGCUUCCUGAAGAACCACACGGCGGCCGAGUUCACCGCGGUCUCUGAUAUCACGGCUGUUGAUUUCCCUACCCGCGAUCAGCGCUUUGAGGUCGUCUACAACUUGCUCAGCGUUCGCUACAACUCCCGUAUCCGUGUUAAGACCUACGCGGACGAGGCCACCCCCGUUCCCAGUGUGACUGGUCUCUUCGAGGGAGCUCUCUGGUACGAGCGUGAGGUGUACGACAUGUUCGGUGUCUUCUUCUCUGGUCACCCUGAUCUGCGCCGUAUCAUGACUGACUACGGUUUCGAUGGCCACCCACUGCGCAAGGACUUCCCUCUCACCGGUUACACUGAGCUGCGCUACGACGAGGAGAAGAAGCGCAUCGUUAUUGAGCCUCUUGAGCUCACCCAGGCCUUCCGUAACUUCGAGAGCGGCUCCACUGCCUGGGAGCCUGUCGGUGCAGGUGAGAACCGCACUCCCGAGUCCUUCAAGCUUCCGACUCCCAAGCCAGAAGAGAAGAAGGAGGAGGAAAAGAAAUAG